AAAGCUGGAGUCGCGAGCUGGCCGACCUGCAUGCUGUUCAUUACGGGAGAAUGUUGAUUUAAGACAUUUUGCUGAGAUUAACAUGGUUCCACGUCUACACCAAAUCCACAGAUACGAUUGAAAACUUUGGAUGAAUUUCAUCUUUCUUCUGCCAGUGACAUGGAUCUCGUACUUCCAUUUGGUUCUAGCUGUGCUGAAUCAAACCAGGUUGACCUGAGAGUGAUGGUGAAAGAAGAGGAUCUAAAAGAACAUAUAAAAGAGGAGGAAUAUGAUCAUAUGAUUUCAUGUCCAGAUGAAGAAGAAAAGCCCUUUGCAGAGUUUCACUGUAAAUCUGAAGCAGACGUCACAGAGUCACCAACGUCUACUUACGAUAAACUGCUACAGACGACGGUGAAGACUGAAGAGGAGGAGGAGGAGGAAGAGCAGGACGAGGAAGAAGACGAGAAGGAGGAGGAGGAGGAAGAACAGGAGGAGGAAGAAGAAGAAGAGGAGGAGGAGGAGGAGGAAGUGCAGGAGGAGGAAGAAGAAGAAGAGGAGGAGGAGGAGGAGGAAGAGGAGCAGCAUGACCAGCUGGAAAGUGUAUCAUCAGAACACCCACACCUAAGGCAACAGCAGAUCCAUGGACAGAAUGAUGAACUCAACCUGCAGCUGCAAGGAAGGCUGCACCACUGCACUCUGUGCAGGAAGAGCUUCACCACACUUUCUGAACUCGAGAAACAUCAGCAAACACACUGUCUUGGUAUGCUCAUGCAUACUAGAGAGAAGCCUUAUAAAUGUAUGCAGUGUGGAAAAGGAUAUACACAUCUUCCGAAUUUUAAACAUCACAUGCUUACACAUACUGGAGAGAAGCCUCAUAAAUGUACGCAGUGUGGAAAAACGUUUACAAAAUUAUCAGCUUGUAAAAGGCACAUGGUCAUACACACUGGAGAGAAGCAUAGAUGUGACCAGUGUGGAAAAGCUUUUUCACAAAUGUCAACUCUUACAAUUCAUUUACGAAUACACACUGGAGAGAAGCUUCAUGAAUGUACGCAGUGUGGAAAAACGUUUACAAAAUUAUCAGCUUGUAAAAGGCACAUGGUCAUACACACUGGAGAGAAGCCUCAUAGAUGUGACCAGUGUGGAAAAGCUUUUUCACAAAUGUCAGCUCUUAAAAUUCAUUUACGAAUACACACUGGAGAGAAGCCGCAUGAAUGUGCCCAGUGUGGAAAAACUUUUACACAACUCUCACAACUUGGAAUUCACAUGCGAAUACACACUGGAGAGAAGCCUCAUAGAUGUACCCAUUGUGAAAAAACUUUUACACAAAUGUCAGGUCUUAAAGCCCACAUGCGAAUCCACACUGGAGAAAAGCCUCAUGAAUGUGCCCAGUGUGGGAAAGCUUUUACAGACCGCUCAAGUCUUAAAAAACACAUGCUCGUACAUACUGGAGAGAAGCCUCACAAAUGUGAUCGAUGUGGAAAGCUUUUUUCACGAAGUUCAACGCUUAAAAUACAUAUUCUAAUACACACUGGAGAGAAACAUCAUAAAUGUGCCCAGUGUGGGGAAGCUUUUACAAAAUUGUCAGCUUGUAAAACGCACAUGCGUAUACAUACUGGAGAGAAGCCUCAUAGAUGUGACCAGUGUGGAAAAGCUUUUAAACAAAGGUCAGAUCUUAAAAGCCAUCUGCUAAUACACACUGGAGAGAAGCCUCAUAGAUGUGACCAGUGUGGAAAAGCUUUCAGACAAAAGUCAGGUCUUAAAAGCCAUUUACUAAUGCACACUGGAGAGAAACCUCAUGAAUGUGUCCAGUGUGGAAAAACUUUUUUAAAAAGCUCAACUCUGAAACAACACAUGCGAGUACACACAGGAGAGAAACCUUAUGAAUGUGCCCAGUGUGGAAAAGCUUUUAAACAAAUGUCAGGUCUUAAAACCCAUUUACAAUCCCACACUGGAGAGAAGCCUCAUAUAUGUGUCCAAUGUGGAAAAGGUUUUACACAAAGGUCAGAUCUUAAAAGCCAUUUACUAAUACACACUGGAGAGAAACCUCAUGUAUGUGCCCAAUGUGGAAAAGCUUUUGUGCAAAAGUCAGCUCUUAAUCAACAUAAAUUAAUGCACACGGGAGAGAAGCCUCACAAAUGUACCCAGUGUGGAGAAGCUUUUGCACACAGCUCAAGGCUUAAAUAUCACAUACUCAUACAUACUGGAAGUAAGCCUCAUACAUGUGCCGAGUGUGGAAAAACUUUUACACAACUGUCAAAUCUUAAAAGCCAUUUACUAGUACACACUAGAGAGAAACCUCAUAUAUGUGCCCAGUGUGGAAAAGCUUUUUCACGCAUGUCAGGUCUUAAAAGCCAUUUACUAAUACACACUGCAGAGACCACACUUCAUAAAUGUUCCCGGUGAGGAAAAUUUAUUUCACAAAUUUCGACUCGUUCUCAUGCACAGUAGAGAGAAGCCACGAAUAAAUACAGAAUUGUUUUUGAGAGAUUUUCCGGCAGAGAUUUUCCGACAGAGCCUCACCAAAAGACACUCCAAAA